AUGAGCGACAAUGUAUCCACCGCUGCCACCACCACCAAAGCCUCUCUGAUCACCAAAACUUUGGUUGUCGGAAGAUAUGCUGAAGAGCCCGACGACAUCAUAUAUGAGCCCGAAGCAACAUUCACAUGCAAUUUCGGAGCAGUUAUGUCACUUGUCAAAACUGAUGUUGUUGGUAAUAGAACAGUUAUAGAACAAUUCAACUUUCACGUUGACCAAAAGAAAUACUUUGAAGAUUUAUGCAAGCCCAUGGGUGUUAGAGCUUGGCUUAACUAUCAGGGAUGUGUGAAAUGGUUUCAAGCAGAUGAAACUGGCCACAAACAUUGCAAUGGUCAAUACUUUGAUUAUUGGCGGUGUGUAGACAAAUGUGUUACACCUAGGCUGUUUGCAAAACUUAAGUAA